AAAGUGCAGAGCGACGAUAGCGGGUUUCCCGCCCACGCCGCGCUCAGGUUAGGUUGUCUCCGCUCGGCUCAUUCGACAAGAACCAUGGCUGAGGAGGAGCCCCUACCGCCUGGCUGGGAGAAGCGAAUGAGUCGCAAGUCAGGUCGUAUUUACUUCUUCAAUCAUAUAACUAAUCGGAGUCAAUGGGAGCGCCCAAAAGCAGGUGGAAGUUACAAUUCUGUUGAACCUGACAAAGUUCGCUGUUCCCACCUGUUAGUGAAGCACAACCAGUCACGCCGUCCUUCUUCCUGGAGACAGGAGGAGAUCACACGUAGCAAAGAGGAGGCACUAGAGACAUUAAACGAGUAUAUCCAAAUGAUCAAAUCUGGAGAUGCAACAUUUGAACACUUAGCAUCCAAAUAUAGUGACUGCAGCUCUGCAAAAGAAGGGGGAGAUCUGGGCUUCUUUGGCAAAGGCCAAAUGCAGAGGCCAUUUGAAGAAGCUACGUACUCGCUGAAAAUUGGAGAGAUGAGUAAUCCAGUAUUUACGGAUUCUGGUAUUCAUAUCAUCCUCCGUACUGCUUAAAGUGCCUCCUUUUGGUUUGUCUUUGCAAAGUGAAUAACCCAGCCACUACUGAAGACCCUCAUGGAAACCACCCCUUUCACAUCCUAAUAAAUAUCUUGUUCUCCCCAGUAUUUAAUAAUUUUGUCUUCGGCCAUUGUCCAACGCGCUUGCAGGCACUCUAGACAAAGGGAAAGAACUGAUCUUCAUAAUUAUAGAAACCGAUUGUUUAAGAUAAUGCUGUCUCUUUACAGCGACCCAAAUGUCGGUUCAGUAUGUAGGAUGUCAUGCAGGUUAGUGCCCGACUGAGCUGUAUUGCUUUUACACUGUUGUAGCGCUUUUGCUAUGCAUUGUGUUAAAAGAAACUGUUUGAAUUUUAUUGGAGUAACGCAGGCUUAAUUUCGACAAAGUUAAUGUUUAUUUUCCCAAUGCAGAGAAAUUGUGGGAGAGAUUAUCAUUCAAAUCUUCAUUCAGCAUUGCUUGAAUUGUUAUUGGAUUACACUAAUACAAAAGCUGAUUGGUCGUGUAACUGUUUAACCUCUUACGGUGGUAAUAGCGUUCAUUAAACAAAUUGGUUUGUAGUUAACAGCAGUGUUCUUCACCUCCUUCAGAAAAAUGCAUAAGCCCUCAGCAUGUAGGGAAUGUUUUAGAUCACCCUAAUCUUUGGCUGCUGAACUCUUUGAUUCACAGCAGUGCUGUUGGUCUUGGGACCAUUUACAUACAGCAGCUCUGUAUGUAAAUGCAUUUUUCCACUGACCAUUCCACAGUGUACUGUUGGAAACAACCUUCAAAAAUAAUUGUCAAGAUCAGAGCUACUGGUAAGAGAGAAUGCUGAAUAACUUUGUUCCUUUAUGUUGCUUAAGGACCUUUCCAACUGGUGUGCUUGUGUCUUUUCUUUUCAACAGCUCAAAGUGCACUGAAUGUGCACUCAGUUGCAAAAAGCAACAGGUUAUGGGGAAAUGUAAGGUUAUUAUUUGUCUGGCUUUAAGUCAAAAUAUUAAAGAGAUUCUCCACAACA